GGUACAAUUCCGGAUCCCCGAACCCAACCAAUCGCAACGGUAAAAAAAAGGUCCGGAAAAAUAUAGCUGGCUCUCUGCCGAAUGCCGAUAACUAGCUUUAAUGUAGAAAAAGACAAAUAAAAAAAAAAGCACCCGAAUUCGGACCAAACCCUAACCCUAACCGGACCCAAGAAAACCCCAGUGAAAGGUCAUCCUUUUCCACCACGCCCUCGUCUCGGCCCCGCUCUCCGCUCUCGCUCUUCCCCUGCUGCUGCUGCUCCUCCUCCCUCUCUCUACUUCGACAACUGAGCUCUCUCCCUCUUUGACUUUACUGUUUCUCUCUCUAGGAUUUAGCUUUUAUCCUUUCUUUGUCGCCAAUCCCGUUCGUUUGGAAAUACAGCCGCCGUCAAUGGAGGUUUUGGGCAGUGUGAGCUCUGCGGAGAAGAGGGCCGAGUGGGUUUCCUCUGUUGUGGAAGCUAUGGUGGUGGAAGCUGCCGUUGCUGCUGGAAAGGCUCUUGCUUGCCUGCUCUUUAUGGCUGGAUCACUGGUCGCUGAAGCUGAGGCAUUGGCCAAUCUGACUGCUGUAGAAGAGAGGUUUCCUUUUAGCAAGCUUCACGAGAAGGAAUGCUCCAACACAGAAGAAAACAAAGAUGCCAGUGACACCGAGGACGAUGGUGAAGAUGACGAGGACGACAAUGCAGAGGAUGAUGAUGACGACGACGAUGCUGGUGACGAGGAUUUCGCGGGUGACGAAGGAGCAGACCCGGAAGACGACCCUGAAGCUAAUGGCGCUGGAGACUCCGAUGAUGAUGAGGAGGAGGCUGAUGACGACGAUGAUGAUGAGGAUGAUGAUGAUGCCGAGGAUGACGACGAUGAUGAUGAGGAAGAUGAGGAGGAAGAAGAUGAUGAUACUCCUCAGCAACCACCAGCGAAGAAGAGAAAAUGACUCGAGGAGUGAGUUGGCAAACGCGAGGGAAAGAGAGGGACAGUAUGCUGUUGUUUAUUUUUACUUUCGGUUUGAUCUUUCCCUCUGUCAAGAGUAGUUAGGUUUCCUAGGAGGAGGGAAGAUUGAGUUCAUGUCAGGGUCUGGAUAGGGUUAGUAGAGCCUCCUUUCUUCAUGGAUCGUCGUUGAUGACAUGGUUAUGGCUUCUGUUGGUGUGCUGCUGAUGCUGAUGCCCUUCUGUUGUUACAGAUUGUUAUUGUGGUGUAUAAUGUUUUCCUAUGUUGUCUCUGUGUGAUCUCUGAUUCAUUCUCCCCCUUCUCACAAUAACUCUGACUUGCAACUGGAAC